AUGCCGGGAAAUCAUUUUCCGGCAAUUUGUCGAAUAGUUGUUUUACUGACAUGUGCUUCUUCAAGUUUCAUUAACUUUGAACCGGGGUUUGAAUAUCAGUACAAGUAUGAUUCUAACGCAAACGUGAAAAAUAUUGGAGAUUUUCAAGUAUUAGCCAAGGUCGGCUACAUCAACGUCGGAGACAGCGGGGACGGACAGGAGGUCUACGUGAAGGUGUAUGCUCUGGCUCUGAAGACCAAACACACAGAAGACACCAUCGGCCACCGUUUGGACUUCUCGAAAUGGUUCUCGUUUGUGAUCACGCCCCAUGGCGAGAUUCUCCACGUCUACCACCCUCCCGACGACGACGAUGAAGCUGUUGCCAUGAAGAAGGGAGCCGCCGCCAUGUUUGCUUCUCGUCUACACCAGGCCACUGAGGGCCAUGUCCAUGCAACUGACGACGGCUGGGGCUAUCACGUGAGAGAGACUGGAAGUGAGGGUCCCCACAACGCCACCUACACUGUGCGGCCGACUCUCACAGGUCACGUGUUCACCAAGACACGGCACCCGGGCCACCACCCCGUCAAGCAUGCGACGUCAGAUUAUACCAAGACGUUGUAUUACGACUCUGCCCUCGGGACUAUGCACACCAUUCAGGUGGAGGAAAAGUUACAGGUCAUGCAUAAGACUGCAGAAGGAUACAACCCAUAUGAAAACAGUCGCCCUGUGAAGGCGGUCAACAACUUCACGGAAAUAAAAUACCCCGAGAUGUCAGCUCAAGGCACAGGAAAGUUGGUGUUCCUCAGCAGACACAAGGCCGUCAGUAUUCCCAGCAGACCAAAGACAGACAUCACGAGGGCGACCAUUCAUAUCAAAGAGGUGAAGCGCAAGAAGCCAGCAAUCGAUGUGAAGGAACACCUGCAAUAUGUGAAGGGGAACCUCACUUGCAUGCGAAACGAGCCAGAAAAAGGUACAGUUACGUUUAUAUAUGUCUAG